AUGCCUUCUUAUGAAGCUCCUACACCAGCUCCUAUUCAUUCACCUUCUCCAUCUUCAAUGAGCAAAUCUCCUUCACACCUACCUUCUACUACACUACCAAAGCAAUCUCCAUAUCUUUCUCCAACACACAAGUCUCCACAAGCUCCAACUACUCAUUCACCAUCACUAUCUCCAGCAGAAAAGACUCCAGUAUCACUUCCUCCUGAGUGCAAAAACCCAUAUACUGAAACUCUCAAAGAUAACAGUGCACCAAACUCAAAUGAUCCCCAUCCCCCUUCUCCAUCAUCACAUCACCCAUCAUUGCCUCCCAGGGAGCCAGAACCACAUGUGCAGCACCAUGCUCCAGCACAUUCUUCAACGAGCGCUCAUGAAGCAAACCACUAG